AUGCGCUCCUCGCCGUGCCCUCCCGACCCGACGAAACCUCCCGCGCCCGAGCCCGAUCCCGACGCCGCGCUGCGCUUGCUGUCGUGGACGCAAGACAGCGAGAGCGCCUUCGUGCGCGUGCGCGUCCCGAGAGGCACGCGCGCGAGAGAGGUUCUCGUCGACGCGACGCCGUCCUCGCUUCGCGUGCGCCUCGACUGGCUCCCCGAGAGCGAGGCGUUCGGAGGCGCGCUCCGCGAGACGAUCGUCGCGUCCGAGACGCUGUGGACGCUCGAGACGGACGGCACGGAGACGCUCGUGAGCGUCGUGCUGCAGAAGACGGAGCGCGACGUCGAGCAGCGCGCGUGGCGCGGGCUCUUCGAGAACGACGAGGAGAAGAGCCUUCAGGAGGUGCUCUUGGAGCUGACAAACGCGGACGAGAGGUCGCCCGCGCACUCCGCGCUGACGCACGAGACGCAGCACGCGAUCGAGGAGAUGCGCGAGCGUCGGUAUCAGAUGGGAUGCGGCGAGUUUAACCCGGACGAGGGGUUCGACGACUUCAGGUUGGUGAUAAAGAACUGA